GUGCACAUGCGCAGGAUUCGAAGGUCCCGUACGUCUCCGCCGUUGGUGAGUCUUAGGGUGCGAUACAAAGGAAGAGCGGCUGCCGGGGAGGGGAGGGAGUCCCCCAAACCCUGCGACUCUGCAGAUUCCUCUCGGAGGGAUGGGGCGCCUCUCAGUCGUGAGAGGCCUCCGAAAAUGAUCAUCUACUGGCGGAGGCCGCGCCUGUCCCUGUUUGCUGAGGCUCAUGGGAAAUGUAGUCCGAAGGGAGGGGGUGGUGCUGCCUUCGGAGCAGACGUGUGAUUGGCCAGAGCGGCGUCGCCAGGGCAACGCGCGAGGGGCUGACCGCUGGGUCCGGGGAGAGGCGCGCGGGACCGCGUGGGCCCACUUACCCGAAGCGGCCUCGGGUGGCCGAGGUCCCCCUUGGUGGCUCCAAGAAGACUCCCUGCACAACAAUGCCAUCCCCACUGGGCCCCCCGAGUCUGCCCUCUGUGGACCCCGAGGCCACCCUGGAGGAUCCUGAGGCAGCACGCCAGCGCUUCCGGGGCUUCUGCUACCAGGAGGUGGCCGGUCCCCGCGAGGCCUUGGCCCAGCUCCGGGAGCUCUGCCGCCAGUGGCUGCGGCCCGAGGUGCACUCCAAGGAGCAGAUGCUGGAGCUGCUGGUGCUGGAGCAGUUCCUGGGCGCGCUGCCCCCUGAGAUCCAGGCCUGGGUGCGGGGACAGCAGCCAGGCAGCCCUGAGGAGGCCACUGUCCUGGUCGAGGGCCUGCGGCAUGACCCUGGGCAGCUGCUGGGCUGGAUUACAGCACGUGUCCUGAAGCAAGCGGUGCUCCCAGCCACACAGAACACAGAGGAGUCUGUGGGGAGCUCCCACCCUUCAGGGACAGUGGAGCCCCUAAAGGCAGCCUCUUGGGAGGGGUCCAAGGAUGCCCAGUUGGAGGGGAACGCCCAGCUCAGCUGCAGCGUGAAGGAGGAGCCUGAUGGCUACGGGCAGGAGACAGCACCGUCCAGCCCCCCACAUCCAGCCCGGUCCCAUGAGGGGCCCGCUGAACAACAGGAACUGACCUCCGUGCCCUUUCAGCCACCCAGGAUUCAGGAGGAGUGGGGGCUCCUGGACCGGUCACAGAAGGAGGUGUACUGGGACGCGAUGCUGCAGAAGUACGGCACGGUGGUCUCCCUGGGUGAGGACCCCUCUCCUCCGGGUCCUUGCGCGCACCUUGCCUCCCGGCGCUUCCCAAUCCGCACCCUGGCCACCCGCCGGGGCCCCCACCCCUGUCCCUCAUUUGUGCGAACCUCUCACGCCCCCGUGCCAGGGCUGGCGCCUGAUGGGCCCCCGACCCCAGCAGGGUUGCCGUGCCCCCUGCCGGAGGCGCGCACUGAGCCGGAGCCGGAGGCGCUGAGCACCGGAUCCGAGGGAGCGAGAAGCCUCCUCCCGGGAGGAGAGAGCGAGAGCUCCCGAGAGGGCCGGCCCGGCUGCCCGGAGGCCCCGCCGCCCGCGCGGAGCAAGCCCUACACGUGCGCGCAGUGCGGCCGCACCUUCGACUGGAAGUCGGUGUUCGUCAUCCACCGCCGCGCGCACGCGGGCGGCCCGGGCGCCGAGAAGCAGCCGGUGGGGCCGCCCCGGCGCGCGCUCCCGGGCCCGCGCAGCUACGCCUGCGAGGAGUGCGGCCGCAGCUUCAGCUGGAAGUCGCAGCUGGUCAUCCACCGCAAGGGCCACGCCGGCCAGCGGCGCCACUUCUGCGGCGACUGCGGCCACAGCUUCGACUGGAAGUCCCAGCUGGUCAUCCAUCGCAAGAGCCACCGGCCCGAGGCCCCGUGAGCGCAGGAGGGGCGCCUCGCCGGGGCCCCGGGCCCAGCCCGCCCCUGCUACUCCACUCCGCCGCAGCCUGGAGAGCUGGAGGCCGCCCAGGCCAGAAGUCAAGAGUCCCAGGAGGGUCCCCCACCCCCGCUCAGUCUCCCCCCAAUGCCGCGGCUCCCUUCUCUCCUGUCUCGCCCACCCCACCUUUCAGAGAGAGAGGCCUGGGCUCCAGUGCACCGACCCAGCGGACCCGCGGCGGCCAGGUGACUUCCAAACCCCUUCCUGUGACAUGGUGCAGGCCGGUGCAGAAAGCCCAGGAGAGCACAGCCUGCUUCUGUUUGCAGGCAGGUGGAAGGCUAAAGUCUGUCCACUGUGCGUUUUAGAUUUUUAACAAAUUCCGGUUUUAUCCUGGAGAAGCUUCUGCAUAAGAAUCCUGAUCUCUGGUCUCUGCUGGUCGGAUCAGCAGCCUCUGCCCUUCCUGCCCAGCAGUUGGAGCUUCAGAGCUGCCUGCCCACGAGCAGGGCCGGUGUCCGGCUUACCUGUUCCUCGGCCACACACAUCACUCCCUGGCCUUGUCCUUCCAGCUGUCGAGUCCCAGCCUGAACGGACAUUAAGGGAACUUCUUUCCAAGUAUGGAUGGACAAGCAUGGCAUCUGAGAACAGAUGUGACUUAGGCCAUGCAUGCUGGCAGGUGAGUGAGUCACAGAGCAGGAGGGUGGAGGAUCAGCUGCCUGCUGCCCAUGGCAGUCCGUCUGUGGGCAUUCAGGACUUUGGCCAGUGUACUGUACUACUUUCCUACUGUUGCUCUAACGAGCUCGGUGGCUUGAAACAACACAAAACGUACUCUCUUAGGACUCUGAAUUGGGUCUCACUGGGCCCAAUCAAGGUGUCAGCACGGCUGGUUCCUCCUGAAGGCUCUAAGGGGGGAAUCCACUUUAAGGCUUUUUCUAGCUUGUAGAGGCUGCCACGUUCCUCGGUGGUGGCCCCUUCCUCCAUCUUCAAAGCCAGCAGUGGAUGGUUAAGUCUCAUGCUGCCUCCCCCUUGUAAGAACCCUCAGGGUUACAUCUACGGCUGCCCUGGUAACCCGUGAUGGUCUCCCCAUCUCGGGGUCACAUCUCAUCCAUGCCCCACCUACACACCUGAUCUCAUCUGCAAAAUCCCUUCUGCAUGUGAGACAACAUUCACAGGUUCCAGGGAUUAGGACAUGGGUGUCUUUGGGGACUGUUAUUCCACACCCUUCUCUGUCACCUUUCUGCACUGAAAACAAGGGACAUUUUUGUGGGACGUGGUUUCAGGGAAACAGGUACACCCACAGAAGGAGCCCUCUGCAGCCUCAGGCUCAUGCAGGGGUGGCAGGUGGGUGCUGAGUGUGGCUGUGACCAUGGUUACUAGCAGAGGUGGGGUGGACACCUGGGCUGCGUGGGGAGGACCUUGCUGCAGCCUGAAACUGGGAGGAAGAGGCCUCCAUCUGGAGGACCCGUCUCCUCCAUGCCCAGUCUUCUGAGGGCCUUUGACCUGUCGACCACACUCAGGCCUGGGGAAGCAGAGCCAGGCUGGAGAUGGAACCGGGCACUGGUGAUCUUGUUACCAAGUCCCAACUUGUACUGCUGGCCACACCACAGGCCAAUAAAUUGAGAGCCGAGUUGUUGAGGCGAGGAAUAGUGACUUUAUUCGGAAAGCCAGCGGACUCGGGACUUCCCUGG